AUGGGGACAUGUGCUCCAACGAUCCAGGAAAAGCAGAAGCUGCUGGAUCUGCUUGAAGAGAAGGACCACAUCCUUGCGUACGAGCAAUCCCAGCUUGAUGCGAGGGUGCUGGAGGACCUGAGAGAAAGCUUGGAAGACAGUGGCUGGGGCCAGUGUCCUACACCACCAAUGCCAGCUCAGUUCGACUUUUCGCGCGAGAUGUUUACGUUUUGGGCGACGGAGACGGUGAAGGAUGGCGAUGAGUAUUUCUGCAAAAUCGAGCAGAGGCCCUUCAGCUCCUCGCUGUUUAUUCAGGAAGUUGGAUUUGUUGGCAGUGGACGAAGGAAAUGGCCUUGCAUGCCCUGGGAGUACUGCGACUUCGAGCUUCUCAACUGCCAAGGCAAAGUGCUCUACAAGGGCACAGCCGAAACCAUGGACAGCGUGGAGCGACCUGGCGAGCGAGUUACCGCAUACAGGUUUAUGCAUGAGGACGGAAGCUACAUUGGACGAAGUAGUGCACUCCCCAGUCGAUUCAUACGCUUGGGCGGGAUUUCAGAGAAGCAGGACGAAGUCAUGAUUGUGAGAGACACUGGCGACAACAUCGUCUUGAAGGUGCAGAAAGAUCCAAGCCAGUUUUGGAUUACUCAUUGGCAAGGCACAAUCGAAUCACGUGGAGUCACUGGCUUCGCCGAUGUUCGCUCUGUCCCAAUGGCGGACCCCUUGUUUGUGAGCUUCCUGGUGAGCAUGCAGUUUCGCAACACAGGGCUGUUCAGUCCACUCACGACGUGCAUACUGCUUCUGGUUCUUUCCGCCGCUGUCUACUACAUGGUGGGGAAACGGCAGCUUUCGGCCCACGGGUACGAAGCCGACGGCGAAUUGCUAGACUUGGCAGAGCUUUUGCCCGACAAUUCCCCCCUCGCACAGCCGGGCUGCUGUGCAGGAAAUCGGCCACGAUAG